GGCUAGGCUAGGCUGUAGCUGAAUUUAGGUGUGUUGUUUGUUUAUGGUUUUAUUUCUGAAAUAGGGUUAGAAAUACAUUACACUACCUAGUCAAUUGCAUAUUUACACUUAAUAGUGUUUUUUGUCAAACACACAAACGAUUUGAGGUGCCAUAGUAAAAUAUGUCGUCUAACAAAGAGAGCGAUGGCAAAUCCAAGGGAUUUGGAUUUACUGGAUUUCAAGUUAAAAGCCGUUCAGAAAGGUCAAAUGCGCUUCCUCCACCACCAAAUAGUGCCCUUAGCAAACAAGGCUAUUCCACUAUGACAGCCAUCACUAACAAUGCUUUGACAGCCUCCUGGGGCAUACCAAAAAAGAGAUCCAAAACGGAAGAAGAGUACUUUGAUGAGGAGGACGAGACCCCCACCAGUACUCUAGAGUAUAUUCCAGCUCCUGGCAGUCCAUCAUACAAAGCUCCCCCAGCAGCAGCCGACUCAGAUGAAGAUGAAGAUCCACUCGAUGCUUUCAUGGCUGGGAUUGAAACUCAGGUGAAAAAAGAUUUGACUGCUAGCAUCAAAAAAGGAGCAAGCAUCCAAGCUGAACCUGAAGAAACUGACCCUACCAAAGGCAUCAGGGGGGACAUAGAGGAAGAAGACGUGGAGGAAUCAUACUACAGGUAUAUGGAAGAGAACCCCAGAGCCGGCCUGCAAGAUGAUGAGUCGGAUGUUGAGGUUGAGUAUGACGAAGACGGAAACCCUAUUGCUCCCAAGAAAAGUAAGAUAAUCGAUCCACUACCACCAAUCGACCACUCGCAGAUCAAGUACGGUGAGUUUGAGCGCAACUUCUACGUUGUACACGAGGAGAUCACAGCUAUGACGGAGCAGCAGGUGGAAGACCUGCGGCAGACAUUGGGACUCAAGGUGACGGGACCGUCUCCCCCUCAUCCUGUCACCAGCUUCGCACACUUUGGGUUUGACGAGCAACUGAUGAAGGCUAUUCGCAAGUCAGAGUAUACACAGCCGACGCCCAUACAGGCACAGGCCAUACCUGCGGCUCUUAGUGGACGUGAUAUCAUUGGCAUUGCUAAAACUGGUAGUGGCAAGACGGCAGCCUUUAUCUGGCCAAUGUUGAUACACAUAAUGGACCAGAAACAGCUUCAACCCGGGGAUGGACCUAUCGGACUGAUACUUGCUCCAACCAGGGAACUUUCACAGCAGAUCUACAGCGAGGCACGCAGGUUUGGCAAGGUGUACAACAUGGCGGUAGUGUGUGCGUACGGUGGAGGCUCCAAGUGGGAGCAGAGCAAGGCGCUGGAAGGGGGAGCAGAGAUCGUGGUGGCGACGCCCGGCCGCAUCAUAGACCUGGUCAAGAUGAAGGCCACUAACCUAGAGAGAGUCACUAUGCUAGUGCUAGACGAAGCGGACAGAAUGUUCGACAUGGGCUUUGAGCCGCAAGUGAGGUCAAUAUGUUGCCACGUGCGACCCGACCGCCAGACUAUGCUGUUUAGUGCCACGUUCAAGAAGAAGGUGGAGAGACUUGCGCGUGACGUGUUGACAGAUCCGGUGCGCAUUGUACAGGGUGAUGUGGGGGAGGCCAACACAGACGUUACACAGGUGGUGACCGUGCUGUCUCAGAAUGCUAAGCUCAAUUGGCUAACCAACCACAUUGUGUCGUUCCUGUCCGCUGGUAGCUUGCUCAUUUUUGUCACUAAAAAGCUGGAUGCUGAGCAGUUAGCCAGUACACUGACUCUGAAGGAGUUUGAGGUUUUGUUGCUCCAUGGAGACAUGGGCCAGCAGGAGCGUAACAAAGUCAUCACCAUGUUUAAGAAGCAAGAGGUCAACAUACUGGUUGCUACAGAUGUUGCUGCUCGGGGAUUGGAUAUUCCUCAUAUCAGGACUGUUGUCAACUAUGACGUAGCCAGGGACAUUGACACCCAUACUCAUCGGAUUGGUAGAACAGGACGAGCGGGAGAGAAGGGAACGGCUCACACUCUGGUGACAGAAAAAGACAAAGAGUUUGCAGGUCACCUGGUCCGCAACCUGGAGGGAGCUAACCAGUCGGUACCCAAGGCACUGCUGGAUCUAGCCAAUCAGAGUCCCUGGUUCCGCAAGUCCAGGUUCAAGGGAGGUAAAGGCAAGUCUCUCAAUGUUGGAGGUGCUGGGCUUGGUUUCAGAGAAAGGCCAGGUUUGGGUCUCCCAGACAACAUCAGCACAAGUAGUGGAGGGCCGUCAAUGAGCAUUUCUGAAAUCCUACCAAAGAGCAAGACCGGCCCAGGGACAGACCGUUUGGCAGCCAUGAAGGCCGCGUUCAGAGCUCAAUAUCAAAGUCAGUUCACAGCGUCAGAAGACCAUACGUGGGAGCAGACAAGGGACCAACCUGGCGUGGUGGCACCACUAACUAAGGGACCUCUCAAGGAGCGACGGGCAAAGAAAAGCCGCUGGGACACGUCUGAUGAUGCGUCGGCGUCGUAGUAACAUGUUGUGCAUAGACUCCGAGUGUAUAGUGUGUGAUGGGUUGAGGGUGUGUUUACAUCUGUCUUACUUAAUUUGAUCUGAGAAAAUGAAUCGGCUGCAUGGUAAAUUAUUAAUUUCAUCAAAUAAGAGUUCAUGUAGGUUCUUCAGCAUGUAAAGUUUUAGUUUUGCAGUAGUGUUGUAUUACAGACCAUUAGACAUGCUGUUUUAGUUGUGGUGUUUCCAGUUAUUUGACAGGUGAAAAGGUUAAAUUACCUGAUGUCAUCUUAUAGUCUAACCUUCAUCUGCAUCUGGAUAAUGCAUAUUUCGACAGUCUCGCCAUCAUCAGGUCCUUGUAUGUGAACUUAUCUUUCCUGAAGAAGUUCUGACACAAGUUCAAAACAAAGCACAAUAACAUAAACACACCUAACAUUUAGUGAAGCUUCAACCAUGAGGCAACAUCAGCCAAUUUAACCUUUUGAUUGUUUAACCUUUGUGUUAACAAUUAAUAUGUUUUGCAGCGAUACAUGAUUUCAAUUAUGAAACCAUUAGUAAGGACAUUUUGCUAGUCUUAUUGUAGGUCAAAGGAUUUCAUCUGAGUGUUAAACUGAGUUAGGUAGUCCGCCCUAUAUGUGGUGGAUGUUGAUUGCCAAGUGCUGCUAAAGCAAAAUGUGUAAUCGAGGACUUGAACGUGUGUUUUAAACAAAUCUACCGUACCACACUGAAAUAAGGCUUCUUACCUAAAUAAUUGUUAAAAGGUUUUUAGAAAAGAUAUUUAAACGUUUUUCUGUAAUUGUUUAUCCUUGAAGUUAAUACUUGCAUUUACACAAUUCGUCACAUUAUGAUUACAUUUGGCAAACCGCUUAUUCAGAACAUUGAUGUGUAAAGGGAGGAUUACGUCAGCUGAAGUAUGUCUUUAUGCCUACUUUCUAUUUGUAAUCUUUUAGAGAAAUUGGGGCUUUGUUAACUUAGCAUUUGUCUAUCCACAUAGGGAAUGUAUCCAGCAAAGCAAGGGGUGAGCCGGGAUAGUACAUGGUUGAACUAUAUUAAGCUAAAUGGUUUAUGUUACCUUGCUUCAACAAGUGAUCCUUUGCAUUAGUACACUACUAUGGUUUCGGACUUGUGGAGUCCAUCUUCAGUGUGACAAAAACAUAAGGUAACCUAUCCGAUUUUGUUACAUCCGUUGUUACCAUUAACACUGACCACUGACUCACCACAAAUAAUUAGAUUUCCUCACCACAAAUCAUAUUAGUUAAGUAGGAUGGGUGCAAAAGGAAUGUUUCAGAGAAAAACUUUAUUACAUAAAGUAAACAGCUUAGUUUUAGAAAGUUUAAUAAAAUCACUUGUAAACUCACCCCAUCUACAAUAUUUGUGUUGUUCAUAUUACUAUUAAGUGUUAUUAUUAUUAUUACAACUAAAAGUGUUUCAAUUUAAGUUUAAACUUGUAAGAUAGCUGAUUUGAAAAGA